CACCCGCUCUAUCGUAAAUAAUAAUUAAUAUACGCAUACGCUGUCGGCAAUAUUAUGCAAUUAUUAAUCACAAACUUAUAUAGGGUAGGUGUAAAUUGGAAGCUCGACUACAUCGUAUUUUAAAUAUUAUGUCUGACUGUCUGAAUGACGCAGGUAUAGGAGUUCAUCAUCCGUUCAGAUUUGAAAAUAAUAUCAGAUUCUCAUCAAAAUAUGUAUCAAAGGUUUACUGAUGAUUCUUCUGCCGAUCCAUCGUCUACAGUAGUUAUGGCCGCAGACGAAUUAGAACCAUCAUCUCUUAAGUCAACAACAUCUAAAUCAUCCAGUGAAAAGACAUCAACACAUAAGUUCUUGCAUGUGAAAAAGACGUCUGGCCGUAAAUAUACAAUUUCCAUUGUUCUCAUAUGUAUUUGGCUUUUUUGUACUUUAGUUCUUAUGGCAAAACAAGAAAGAAAAGCAGAUGAUGUCCAUCAAGUAACGUUAGCUCCAAAUGAAACUAAAACUCAGAUAAUAUAUAAAAAUCGCAUGCCUAAUACAAAUAAAAUACAAUUAAUUUUGGCUGGAGCAUUUAUGCCUGAUUAUUAUAGUACUUUGGCAACACAUUUUUUUAACAUUUGGAUAGAGUUUGAUCCAACUGAAGAAUAUAGUAUGCCCUCAAAAUUAGGAUUGAAGCAUGAAGAUAUGCAUCAAAGGAAUAUAACUCAAAUAUGGUCCAUACCAAUUGUAAGUGAAUCACUCGUUGAAGUUGUUCCUGAAAUGCAUCAUAACAAAAUUUUUAAAUUAUUAUCCAAUGUUACUCUCCAUGGUGAUACUAAACUUUGUAUGAAUACUACAUUGAGCACUAACUUUCCUAUUGCAUUCACUUAUGAUCUGUUUCCAAUCAACACAGAAUAUGGUAUUAUUUAUGCUGCUCUUGUAUUGAUUGGACUUUAUGUACUAAUUAUAACCGAGGUUGUGCACAAAUCGAUUGCAGCAAUAUUAGCAGCUACUACGUCAAUUUCAAUACUAGCACUAUUAAAUGAGAGACCUACAAAAGAUGAACUGUCCUCUUGGGUGGAUAUAGAAACAUUGCUUCUUCUUUUCUGUAUGAUGGUUAUUGUUGGUAUUUUAUCCGAAACAGGAAUUUUUGACUACUUGGCAAUCGUAGCAUACAAAGAAACCAAAGGUAAAAUUUGGCCAUUAAUCAAUACAUUGUGCUUCUUUACUGCUAUUGUAUCUUCUAUAUUGGAUAAUGUUACUACUGUUCUCUUAAUGACACCUAUAACCAUAAGGUUAUGUGAAGUAAUGCAAAUGAAUCCAGUACCCACACUUAUGUGUAUAAUAUUUUAUGCAAACUUAGGAGGGGCUUUAACAUUAAUUGGUGAUCCACCAAAUGUAAUAAUUGGAACGAAUAAAGAUGUUAUUGCAAGUGGAAUCGAUUUUACAACGUUUUCGUUACAUAUGGGUGCUGGUUUGGUAUUCAUAUUUAUAGCAGUAAAUCUGCAUUUAAGAUUUAUUUUCCGUAAUAUGCAAGAUUUAAAAUUUACUGAACCUUCUAAUGUUACAGAAUUAAGACAAGAAUUGGCGAUUUGGCAAAAAGCUGCAUUUUCCUUGUCUUCAUACUCAAAAGAAGAAGGAGUUGUUAGGGAUAAACUUCUAAGAAAAUGUAAAACCAUAUUUUCAAAGCUUAAAGAAACUCUCAAAGGCUUCAAGGUUGAUGUUGCACCUACAGAAAGACUUCAAUCCUAUGAUGAAUCUAUCAAGGAUUUUUUGAAUAAAGAUAGUCAUUUAGAUAAAAGUCUUCUAUGGAAAUGUGCUAUUACAUUAGGAUUUGUUAUUACUCUAUUCUGCCUGCAUUCAAUUCCUCAACUAAAUCUUAGUCUUGGAUGGAUUGCUUUACUUGGAACAUUACUGUUGCUUAUACUUGCUGAUCACGUUGAUAUUGAAUGUGUACUGGGCCGAAUUGAAUGGGCCACAUUGUCAUUCUUUGCUGCAUUGUUUAUUUUAAUUGGAGCAUUAUCUGAGCUUGGUUUAAUUGAAUGGGUAGGUAAACAGACAGAAAUGAUAAUUAUGUCUGUAGACAAAGAAUAUCGAUUGUCCGUUGCUAUAAUUUUAAUUCUAUGGGUUUCUACCAUUGUGUCCUCAUUUGUUGACAAUAUUCCAUUGACUACUAUGAUGAUAAAAGUGAUAACAUCAUUGUCUCAAAACCCUGAGCUAGAAUUACCAUUACCGCCUUUGGUAUAUGCACUAGCAUUUGGAGGUUGUCUUGGUGGAAAUGGAACACUGAUAGCUGCUUCAUGUAAUAUGGUAUGUGCUGGAGUAGCUGAACAACAUGGAUACCGAAUGUCCUUUGUGCAAUUCUUUAAAGUUGGCUACCCAGUGAUGUUAGGUAGCGUAUUUAUUGCUACUGUGUACUUACUUAUUAGUCACGUGACAUUUGGAUGGAAUACAUAAUGUUUACUAAUGACACCAGAUUAUCAAAAAAAUUUGUUCCUGUCAAAAUAAAUAUACAAGAGAAAUAAUUUUUAUUU